AUGCAGUUCGAAUUACGAACAUUGAUGUUUGGAAUUGUAACCGUGCUGGUAUUAUUUCUGAUCAUUGCUGAUAUUGCUGAAGUCGAGAAAGAAAUUGCGAAUCUUGGAGGUUCCAGACAAUUGUACUUGCACAGCCUCAUUCCAAAGCCAAACAGAAAUGUAGCAGUGAAGGCCAAUCCUAAACCUUUAGUCAGUGAAGGGGAGGACAAGAGCCCUGCUUCUCCUUCAUACUCGAAUAAUACCACCAAGCUCUCUACAGAUAACUGGAUGUUCAACAGGACCCUCUCCAAUCUCAUCAGGAAGAACAUCCUGAGGUUUUUCGACCCAGAGAGGGACAUCUCUAUUCUGAAGGGAACAUUGAAACCUGGAGAUGUCAUCCACUACAUCUUUGAUCGUCAGAGCACUACCAAUAUCUCAGAAAACCUAUACCAGUUGCUGCCCACCGCAUCCCCCAUGAAGAACCAGCACCACAGGCACUGUGCCAUCAUAGGGAACUCUGGGAUCCUACUCAACAGCAGCUGUGGGCCAGAGAUAGACUCCUAUGACUUUGUUAUCAGAUGUAACCUGGCGCCAGUGGAGGAGUAUGCUGGGGAUGUGGGCCGGCGCACCAACCUUGUGACCAUGAACCCAUCUGUGGUGCAGCGGGCCUUCCAGGACCUGGCCAGUGAGGAGUGGAGGGAGCGCUUCCUGCAGCGGCUCCGGAGCCUCAGCGGCAGCGUACUGUGGAUCCCAGCCUUCAUGGCCAAGGGAGGAGAGGAGAGGGUAGAGUGGGCCAUCCGUCUCAUCCUGCUGCACACGGUUGAUGUGCACACCGCCUUCCCCUCACUGCGCCUUCUCCAUGCUGUCAGAGGGUAUUGGCUGACCAACAACGUCCAGAUAAAGAGACCCACCACUGGUCUACUGAUGUACACCAUGGCCACUCGCUUCUGUGAGGAGAUCCACCUGUACGGUUUCUGGCCUUUCCCUCAGGAUUCACAGGGGAAACCAGUGAAGUACCAUUACUAUGACACUCUGACCUACGAGUACACGUCCCAUGCCAGUCCACACACUAUGCCACUGGAGUUCAGGACCCUGAGUUCACUCCACAGACAGGGGGCGCUGCGUCUCCACACUGGCUCUUGUGAUGUAGGAACAUAAUCUAAAAACACAGCAAGGAAUGUACUGUAUGUCUUCAUCAAAAUUACCCUCACGCUUUUGGGAAAAUAGCUCCUGCUCAGUUGAUGUCUGUCAGACACGGACAUCUCAGAGGAAAUACUUCCCGUAUUAAACUGUAGGACAUUUUUUAUGUAGCUGUGAAUUUAGGUGAACGACCGUAUGCAGGAUACUGCAUGUCUUAUUUGGGCUCACGUUGUUGUCCUUCAAGAGACAUGAGCACUGAAGAGUUUUUAACAUUUCUACAGUAUCCUGUGAAAAUUUUACCUAAAACAGACACUUUUUAAUUUGUUAAAAAAUAACUAAUUUAUGUUGGUAUAUGCUUUUUUUCAACAAGAAUAACUUUUCUAUUUACAUUU